AUGUCCAUAGAGAUGCCAAGACGUUUACCAUUUUCCGUCGACACUUUUGGACCGUACACGACAAAGAAGAGAAGGAAGAGACAUCAUUUCUUGACAUGCUCACAAAGACCACACCGUCGGGAUUUCUCUUUCCAACAUCGUCUUCCCGAUUUACUCUUCCCCCCUCACGGUCCCUCUUCUUCUCCAACGUCAUCUCAGCUUAAUGAGUCUUUCUUCGUGAGGAUUGAAACUGGGCAAUCAGUCAUCGUUGAUGAUUUUAAGUGUACUGCUUUUGAUGCGAAUCAUUGCCCUGAAAUUUGUUCCUAA